AUGAGUUCAGCGAGCUUGGACUCACUUCAAGGUGAGCCUGGAACCACGGCUCAUUUAAACGAAGAGUCAAAUAUGUCGCCCACGUCCAAUCAGUCACCUACCUUGUCUUCGGCGACUGCACCUGCAACCGCAACCGCAACCGGAGCAACGGCAGCAGCAAAGGGUUCAGCUCGAACGCCAACAUCAUGGGACCCCGAGGAUGACGUUCUACUAAUGCAUUUGAAAGACAAACAGAAGCUCGGAUGGAAAGAGAUUGCAAGCAACUUUACAAAUAGAACACCAAACGCAUGCCAGUUCCGUUGGAGAAGGUUGAAAUCGGGAAACUUGAAGAACCCACCAAAGUCCGCAGCGGCAUUGGGCGACCAGUUCAAGCAGAAUCCAAACAUGGCAAGUUCGUCUUCUGCAAGCAAAAAGAAGAAAAUGGCGACUCAGGCGCCACCGCCAAAGACGGAGACUACCGAUGACGAUUUCCAGUUUGAUCUGCUAUCGACGGGAGGGUUUCAAGGAUUUGACAAUAAUAUUUCCAAUGCGCUAGCGGGGUUGAACGCAUUGUCCAACUCGCCCUCGUACAUCUCGAGUCCCUCCGCAACAACACCAAGAAUCUCCGUGUCGUCACCAAGGAUAAACUACGGUGGCCCCAGUGGGAGGGCUAACCUGGUGAGCAGCUUGAGCCACAAGUACGAAGCGUCGCCGGCUUCGGACACAUCCGAGACAGCAAGUCGACCCACAAUCGUGGUGCCUGGAACAUCGGGCUCUGGUGGCUACUACGCAGAUGUCUCAGUCGACCCCACAAUGAACUUGCCCCACAACAGAUCGCAUCCGGAAACCCCCUCGUCUAUAACCCCGCGAAACUCGCUAUCGCAUUCAACUAGCGACCACCAUCCAAAAGAACGGGAGCUGAGAGAACGACAUUCCGUGAGCAAUGGCUCCGUGUCCGCCGCGGCGGCUGCGUUGCGAAACAACUCCAUCAUCCAAAUCUCCAACGACGAUCGAGCAUCGAUCCUGUCCAUCACGCGGGCGUCGAUCUCGUCAUUGCCUUCGAAAUCCAUGAAUAUCCCACACCACCAGAUGGGAUCAAGCACACUUGCCCAUUUGCCCGUGCUCUUUGGCGGCGCAGGCAGCAUCAGCGGCCCCUCGAGAAACUCCAGUAUCAGCGGCAUGUCUGGCCAUCAAACCACCGUCUCAAGUCUAAGAAACGGAUCACUCGUGAGCGCGAACGCAGGCUACUAUUCGCGCUCGGGUUCAGUCGUUAUCCCGCACAAUAGCGAGAAACCAGAGGAACCAUUAAAGAUCAACAAGGAGAAAAUCGAGGCUAGCAAUCGGAAACUCCAUAAAUUCAGGCGGAAUUUGCCCCCUUCCAAAUCGCUACAAAAGAAAAAACAGCAGAGCUCCAAAUUGGACCUCCCCUGGACUAUGGAAGAGGACGAACUAUUGAUCAACAGGCGGAAUCGAGAACUCUCGUUUGCCGAGUUGUCGAUUCUCCUACCCCAGAGAACAGAAGGUGAAAUAUGGGCGCGCAUCGAUUACUUGGAGAAAUUGCGGAAUGGAAACGACAGAAACGUGACUAUUAAAGACCAGAGAAAAUUGAGGCAAGCAUCUUUUGGGUUGGACGACUUGUAUGACGACGACGAUGACAUGAUUGGCAACAUUGGCGUCGUGAGCGACGACGACGAUGAAGAUGCCUUUUUGGUCGUUGACGAUGAUCAAGGCUCAGGCACCAGGAGCAAGAAGCGAAGAGCUAAACCCCUUGUCUGUGAGAAGACCCAUUCGUAA